UCAGCCUCACUGACCUCGCUCUACUUUCAGAAAGCUGGGAGAUUUACACCUCACCUUACUAGGACGUACCGGCAAAUAGAUAGCACAAUUUAAUGCCAUGGCGCCCCUGAGAAAGAAGAACGACCGGAAAUUUAAUCUUUCAGCUAUCAAAUUUGCUGAACAAAACUCAGGAGAAGCCGCAGCAAGACAUUUCACAGUUCAUCCCAAGAGAAUGGCGAGAAAACAAAGUUGAACUUCAACGUCUGGCUGGGGAAGACGGUAAAAGGGCCUUCUUUUAUUUCUUUUUAUAUCCAGUGCGGGUCUUGCAGAGAAGCGCCUUUUUUAUUUUGACAUGUUUUUUGCAAAGCCACCCACCCACUUACGACAGAAGCUCCUCCCACUUGGUGUGACAAGCUCCUCCUACUUGUUUGUGUGCCGAGAUACACUCGGGUAAGACCCCGGUGUGCUUGCAACCAUCACAUCAGAACCAAACCAAUGGCAAUCGCAAUAUUCUUAUAGGAAGCUUUGCUAUUGUUUACCUUACGAAUUAUGCUAUCAUUGAAGAAAAACACAAGCCAUCUCCUUAAUUCAGAAUGAACGCAUGGUUCUACCCGUUUGCUGUAAGCCAUAGCUAGUUAGCAUCGUUACCAUCCGUGGUCCAUGGACGUGGGCGGAUCUAGCGAAACGAGUCGCGCGCCCUAUGCUACAUUAAACAUGGCGGAUUCGGGAGACUUUCAACUUAAACAUUCAGAGGAUGAACCAACCUGGUCGCCUGGGACAUAGCCAGGGCCGUAUACCUUUUCAAGGGUUUCAGAAGACCCUGCUAGCCAGAGGCCAGAGGCCGUGACCACAGGAGGAGCAGGCAAGGCCCAAACCUCAAGCGUCCUGGCAGCAGCCAGCCGCGGCGAGGCUACGAGUGGCGGGAUGGACGACGUCCUCGAGGGCGUACCAGCAUUCCCAGCGGUGGAGGAGGACGACGACGACGAAGACGAGGAUGAAGAGGACGAGGACUGGCAAUUCACCCUGCCACAGGGAACCCUGGAAGACUACGACGUUGACAGCCCGUUGUCAGUGGAGGAAGGCCGGAGGACCAGGGCUAACCGGCAGCGUGGAGAUGGGCCACAAGUGGAGAUGGCCGGCAGACCUGCUUAUAACUCCAGCUCAGCCUCAUCGGCUGGAGCAGCGCUGGAGUCGUCCAAGCAGCCAGACGCCAGUCAGGGGGGAAAGGUUCCUAUAGAGCCAUCCGCGGCAGUGCCUCAGGUCCUUAGACCACCGCAUAAUGCCCCUGAACCAUCGCAUCAGGCCCCUGAACCUCAGGCACCUGAACCAUCGCCUCAGGCACCUGAACCAUCGCCUCAGGCCCCUGAACCACAGUCUCAGGCCCCCAAACAACCGUCUCAGGCCCCCGAACCACCGCCUCAGGCCCCUGAGCCACCGCCUCAGGCCCCUGAACCCCCCCUGCUCACCAUCAAGGACGAGCCCUUGGACGAGGGCUACGACGUGGCCCUGCUGCCCCAGACCUCCAUCAGCAAGGUCAAAGAGGAGCAUAAGGAUGAAGAGCUCAGGAUCAGUUCAGUCUUCUCUUUCCGGGGAGGAAAUGCAUUCGCACCUCAAGGUGCUCCGGCCCCCUUCCCCCAGCCCACCACCACCAUCUUUAUCCCAGGGAGAGGCACUCUGCUUCAGGCCUCCACGCUGGCCACCCUUGGGAUCAAACCCAGACUGCCUGCUCCGGCUAUAGCACCCGCCCCUACUCUGCUGGCCUUACCCCAAACCCUGUCCCAGCCCCAGCCCUUACCCCCGCCUGCCGUGAUAAGCACCAUCAGAUGCAGUGGUUGCUCCAAGGUGCUGGUGAAGGGCCAGACGGCGUUCCAGAGGAAAGGCGCCACCCAGCUGUUCUGCUCCACCGUCUGUCUGUCCAGCCAUCUGCCUCCGACCAGCAAGGCUCGCAGUUGCUACCAUUGCAACAAAGAAAUCGAUGACCCGAAGAGCAUGGUGAUGGUGCCGCUGGACAACAACACCUUCAUCCACUUCUGCAGUCACCAGUGCCUGUCCGCCUCCAACGUGGAGAAGAAGAAAACGGUGGCCCAGCUGCUGUAUAACCCUCGCCUGGUUACCUACCAAGCCAAGGAACAGGAGAAGCCCCACUGCAUUGUAUGCAAGAGCACCAGUAAGAUUGAACACGAGGUGAUGCACCAGGGCCGGAUCCACAGCCUGUGUAGCGACGCCUGCUUCCUGGAGUGGCGCAACUCCCGGCAGCUGGCCAUGAACUGCUGCGAGGGCUGUGGCCUCUACUGCAAGAGCGACUCGGACGUGUGCCAGACCCUGACCGUGGAGAAGGCCCAGCUCAACUUCUGCAGCCCCACCUGCGUCAGCACGUACAAGCAGUCCUGCAUUAAGAACACCGAGUGCGCCGUCUGUCACGACUCCGUUCGAGUCUCCAACACCAUCAUGGACAGAGACCAGAUUGGGAAGGUGCAGCUUUACUGUUCUACCACCUGUUUUGCUCAAAGCAGGCCCAGCAAACACAUGCUCACAGGCACAGCGUUCCCGUGCUCCCAGUGCAAUCUCAGCCAGGUCCCCCAGUACCAUUUGGCCAUGUCGGAUGGCCACAUCCGAAACUUCUGCUCCCACGAAUGUGUCUCCGCGUUUAGGUUACAGAAAGAGGAGCCCGCCUCUCAGCGCAGCCUGGUGAACGGAGCCCCCAGCAGGCCCUCCUACUCCUCUGCCCCGCCGCCCCUCUCCGACGGACCGCUGCCCGGGCCCCUGGGCGGGGCCGCGUCCCCGGCGCCGCGCCUCGACCGGUCCUCGCCCCACGGGACCCACCCCGGCGCCCACAGCAGGGUCACCUCGGUGCCCCCGCUGGAGCCCGCCUACAGCGACCUGGCCUCCCACCAGGCCCAGCCGGCCACGCCCUCCUCGCCCGGCCACGCCCUGACUCAAGCCCCGCCCACACACAGCCACCUGACCUGCGGCCAGUGCAACCAACGGUUUGACACCAAGCCGCUUCUCUUCAGCUACCAGGGUCGCAUCUCCAUGUUCUGCGGCGCGGCGUGCUGUGAGCAGUACAAGACCCAGAGGAACAUCAUGGCGCCGUGCGAGAGCUGCAAGCUGGACAACGUGGUGUUUGAGGUGGUGACCUUCGACCAGCAGGACCGCGUGUUCUGCAGCCAGACCUGCAAGCAGCAGUUCCGAGAGGAGGUGACGGCCGGGGGCAAGGGCCCCUGGAGGCCCUGCUCCUACUGCCGCUGCGAGAGCCAGAAGACGUUUCACAGCCACUACGGCGGGCGGGUGGAGGAGUUCUGCCGGCCGCACUGCAUGUCUCAGUACACGGUGCUCUUCUACGGGAUGGCCCGGUGUGACGGCUGCAGGCAGCGGGCCUGCCUGGAGGAGAGGCUGCAGUGCACCAGCUCCGUGCGCAACUUCUGCAGCCGGGCCUGCCUGAUGCAGUACUGCCACCUGCACUUUGAGGCCUCGCGCCGCGCCGACCCCCCCCCCGCCGCCGCCGCCGGCCGCGCGCUGCCGCCGCCCCACGCCCCCAGUCAGGCCAACCAUCCCUCCAAGAUGAACCCGGUGGGGGGGGAGCUGGUGUGCCUGGCCAGUGACUCUGCCACCCGGCCUCAUGCUACGGGCACUCUUCCAACUCCUUACACCCAUGACAAGACGAUAUACCACGCUAGCACCCAGACGGACGCGAUGCGCUCGUCUGGGCCCCGGCGCUGCCAGGUGAAGAACAAGUCAGUUUUGUGUCGGCCCUUCACACUGAACCAGGAGACCAUGUGCCAGCUGCCAGAACCGCCCACCAAGACCUCAGACUCCUCCACCGCAGCUCCACAACCUCGUCCCGUCAACCACCUGCCGGUGCGCCUCACCGACCGCCACUUCCUGGCCAAGAGGCUGUGGGGCAGCGUGGGCUGCGUGGUCUGCAGCCACCCCCCGCUCAAACGGGCAACGGAGGAGGAGGAGCAGGGGGAGGGGCCCUGGGGGAGGAAGAGGGCGAGGACGGAGGAGUCGAAGGAGGAGUCGGGCACGGUGCGAGUGGCGGAAACGGAGAAGGGGGACGAGAAAGAGGCGGAGACGCUUGAGCAUGAGAGGCACCUCGGGGAGAAGGAGGAGGCGGUGCAGGCAGAGACGGGGGUUAUGGAGGAGAGAGGGGAGACCAAGGAGGCGGGCUUGGAGACGGGGUUGGGCGUGGCCGGGCAGGGGGCGACAGACUUCUACUGCCGGCUGUGUCCGGGGCAGCCGGGCCUGUGUCCCGCCCCCUGCUUCGAGAUCUACCACACCAGGCUCAUGUACUGGGUCAGCCCGGGGGGGGGUGGGGAGCGGAGCUCUCCGGGGGACAAACUAAACACUCCUCACGCCACUCUCCCUUUGCCGCCUCCGUCGGCCACCAGUGUCCUGACACAGACCCCCACAGUCCAGGCAGAAUCUGGACUACAGUAGGGGACUACAGGGCCGGGGGUGACCUCUAGAGCGUCCCCCUGCUCAUUGAUAUAUAGAUAUCAAACUGUGAAAUGAACUUACCCAUACUUUUUAUGCAAAAUUGCAGUGAAACGUGUACGCUCUGUACUGCAGAUCUUUGUGUUCAUUUUCGUCGUACUGUUGAGUUCCAUUCCACUUUCAAAAUUUUUGAUUGAUUGGAUUUACAUCAGUUUUUUACUGAAAUAUGAUUUACAUCAGAUUUACAUCAAUUCUGAGCCAGGAUCGACAUGGAGCCUUUUCACUAAUGGUGACGCAUCAGAAUAAUGCAACUUUAUUUAAGGGAGAUGGUAUUUUGUCCUCGGUUUAUAACACAUUUCUUGUAUCUUUAGGUUGUUGUUCAUUCUUGUGGGUUAUUGUUAUUCAUUUGCCAAACACUUUCCUUGGUCUGGUAAGAUUAGGUUUCUUUUCAAUUGUAUACUUUUUUUUUUUUAUUAUUUCCACUUCCACUGUAUGAUGAAAUGCUGAGGCAUCUCUUUAGGGCUAAGGGGCCUGGGGUGGGUGCGGCACCAGUGAUGGGCAGACUGACCCUAAAACAAGCCAGGUGGACAGCAGUACGACUGAUUCCCCUUGGCACAGUGUCGCGUCGGGGAAAGACGGUGAUUGGCGCCCCAGUCUAAACAAAAAAGGAUUUGUGCAUCUAGCAGAGUUCCACCAACCCCCCCCAUGCCAACCUGUUCCGUGGACAUGUCUUUUGAGAGAUCACGAAGGGCAAUGACUUGAGCCUUGGUAUUGGUUUGGUCCUUUUGCCAAGCGUAUUGCCUCUUGUCUAUGUCCGCUUAUUUUCACCGUAGAUAAGGGGGAAUUCAAGAAAGGCACAAUCCUUGAUAUAUUUUUGAUAGUUGAAUCGGCUGAAUCCAUAUCAGGCAUCAUACUGUUACUUCCUUCAUGGACAUGAAUGAGUGAGAGAUCAGCAGGAUUUCCCUGGUGUCUGCUCUACUGACACUAUUACCUCACUUGAUCCCAUUAUGUUCUCCAACAUGAUAAAACUUGUCCCUUCAAAUAAAUGAGGGCUUUACAUUAUUGUCGCUAUUUUAAUGGUGAAAUAUUGUUAAUCUGAUGUUGGUGUCAAGUUUGAACAUGUUAUUUGGCAUAUGGUUUCAUGAUUUGGCCAAUGGUUUCAUUCAGUUCAUAGUUAUUAAAAAGAUAUAUAUAUAUUCCCGCUUGUAUUCAUAAUUUAUUGAGCACAAAAACCUUAAUUAUUUUAUUUAACACGCUUUACUCCAGGUUGACUAAACCAAUUAAAUUGUCCUUAAUUGCAUGAUGGCUUUUUCCUGUUUUUAAUUUUUAACGUAGUAUGGGAGUCGUGGAUAGUGUCAACCUGCUUCCCUCGGCUCGCAUAUCGAGAACCACACGCCCUGUAACAGACAAUCAGAUCCCUCAGAGAUUUAGAGAGAAGACACUGGCCAGCACCAUCAUCUCACAGAAUCACCUCCACAUCAUGCGUAACAUCCCACUCUUCUGUUGGAUUACUGGUACAGUUCUGGAGCACAUCUGGAAAGCAUCCCAGAAUGGAGAUGAGAUGCCGAGGACAUUGACUCAGAUGUACAUCCACUUUCUGAUGGUUCAGUCAACACAGGGAAACAGGAAGUAUCAUGGGAGAUCUGAAAAAACAGGCUGCUCGAUGUCAGAGCAGCCUCUGUGUACUCAGGGAAUGUUCAGAUCUUUAAAGAUGAGUUAGCGCUCUACCAGGGCAGAGUUCUUUGUCCAUAUGAGCCUUCAGGAGUUUCUGGCUGCUCUUUAUGUAUUACCGUCAUUUAUGCUAAUAAGAUACUCCUACAAGGUCUGCUUGGUGGGUCAGGAAGUAGCUCACGGACCAAUCAGGGAACAGACAGUUACAUCAAGAAGAAGAUUAGUAAAAAGGUCUUAAAUCGUUUCCACGCUUCAAUCGUUUCCACUCUCUGAAUGAGUCUAACGAACCUUCUUUGGUGGAGGAGGUCCAACAUUAACUUACAUCGAGAGUCUCUGAAUGACUACUCUGCUUCAGAGAAGGGUCUUCUGAGAUGGAUGCCAGUGGUCAAUUCUCCAAAACAUCUCUGUAGGCAAACAAGACAUUCAUGGAUAUCCACAGCUGACUGAUUUCAAUAUAAAUUCCACUAAAUCACACUGUUUUUGUUCAUUAUGGGGUCUAUAUGUAGUAAUACCUACAGUAUAUGAGUUGUAUAAACCAAUAAAAAAUAAGUUAAUUUA